AUGGUGGCAGCUGGGUGUGGCAGAAGACUUUUGAACAACACUCCCCGUGUGAGCCAUGACAUGGACAUGCAGGCAGGAGGUUCCCGCUAUCCCCGCAGACAAAAGGGUGGUGCCACUGGCCGGCUGACAGCCUCAGCCUGGCGCUGUCCCCCGACAGCUGUCAGGGCAGAGAAGGCGAAGGCAGCGGCAGAGGAACUACAGCCGGGCCGCUACGGGGCUAGAGCUCGGGCGCUGCCCCCGCCGCCAGACACCUGCCCGCGAGGGCGGGGCUGGGGGAGGGGCUGGGGGCGGGGCUGUCGUCCGGGCUCCGCGGCCCAUUGGCUGUCGCCUGUGAGGCGAUGUCGGCCCAGUGCAGCGCGCCUCGGGCCACGGUACGGCUCCCGGUACCGGCUCGGCGGUGACAGGAACGUGGACGGUGAUGGCGGCGGAUGGGCGGUGCGGCGGCGCGGUGGCCCAUACCGCACGGCAGCGGCCACAGCACUGCCUGACUGGCGGCUGCGCUGCGAGGGCGGUCGGCAGCGCUGGCGCUACCUGGGCGACGGCGACAGCGAUGUCAGUGGCGAAGACGGCGGCGAGUGGCGUGCGCAGACGGUGCUGGAGGAGCACAGCCUCGGCCUGGACACGGCAAAGACGCUGCAGCCCUUGCCGGCGGCUGGCACGGCCCGGGAGUCUGCCCGCAAGGGCAUGCAGUUUUACGCUGCCCUGCAGGCCGAGGAUGGGCACUGGGCCGGCGACUAUGGAGGACCUCUUUUCCUUCUGCCAGGUCUCCUCAUCACAUGCCAUACUGCCAAGAUCCAGCUGCCAGAGGGGGUCCGGAAAGAGAUGGUGCGCUAUCUUCGCUCUGUGCAUGUAGAAGAUAAAUCAACAGUAUUUGGCACGGCACUCAACUAUGUAGCCCUGAGGAUCCUGGGUGUUGGACCAGAUGACCCUGACAUUGUGCGGGCCCGUGUCAACUUGCACAGUAAAGGAGGUGCUGUGGGAAUUCCUUCCUGGGGGAAGUUUUGGCUGUCUGUCUUGAACGUUUACAGCUGGGAGGGAAUGAAUACGCUUCUCCCAGAGAUGUGGCUGCUUCCUACAUGGUUCCCAGCCCACCCGUCCCGGCUCUGGUGCCACUGCCGCCAGGUUUACCUCCCCAUGAGCUACUGUUAUGCCAAACGUUUGUCAGCAGAAGAGGACGAGCUCAUACAAAGCUUGCGGCAGGAGCUGUAUGUACAAGACUAUGCCAGUAUAGACUGGCCAGCCCAGAGGAACAAUGUGGCUGCCUGUGAUGUGUACACGCAACACAGCUGGCUGCUAAGGCUUGCAUAUGCCAUCAUGAAUGUGUAUGAAGCCCACCACAGCACUCAUCUGCGGCAGCAAGCCAUCACAGAGCUGUAUGACCACAUCAAAGCUGAUGACAGAUUCACCAAGUGUAUCAGUAUUGGGCCGAUUUCCAAAACAAUCAACAUGCUGGUUCGCUGGUUUGUGGAUGGGAAGAACUCCCCAGCUUUUCAGGAGCAUGUUUCCAGGAUCCCUGACUAUCUCUGGCUGGGCCUCGACGGCAUGAAGAUGCAGGGCACAAAUGGAUCCCAGCUCUGGGAUACUGCUUUUGCCAUCCAAGCUUUCCUGGAGGCAGAAGCCCAGAAGAUGCCUGAAUUCACAUCCUGCCUCCAAAAUGCCUAUGAAUUCCUCCGGUUCACCCAGAUCCCAGAGAACCCACCUGACUACCAGAAAUACUAUCGCCAUAUGAACAAGGGUGGCUUCCCCUUCAGCACCCGAGACUGUGGCUGGAUUGUGGCAGACUGCACAGCAGAGGGGCUGAAGUCAGUUAUGCUACUGCAGGAGAAGUGUCCCUUCAUAGCCAAGCUUGUCCCCUCUGAGCGUCUCUUUGAUGCUGUGAAUGUGUUGCUGAGCAUGAGGAACUCAGAUGGAGGCUUCGCCACAUACGAAACGAAGCGAGGAGGCCACUUACUGGAGCUGUUGAACCCCUCGGAGGUGUUUGGCGACAUUAUGAUUGACUACACCUACGUCGAGUGCACAUCAGCUGUCAUGCAGGCACUGAGACACUUCCAUGAUAUCUUCCCUGAGCACAGAGCCCCAGAGAUCAGGGUGACUCUGCAGAAGGGCCUGGACUUCUGUCGCAAGAAGCAGCGAGAUGAUGGGUCAUGGGAAGGGAGCUGGGGCGUUUGUUUCACCUAUGGCACCUGGUUCGGUCUGGAGGCGUUUGCCAGUAUGCAGCACACAUACCACAAUGGGGUUGCAUGCCGAGAAGUGGCCCAGGCCUGCCAGUUCCUCCUCUCCAAGCAGAUGGCAGAUGGCGGGUGGGGAGAGGAUUUUGAGUCGUGCGAGCAGCGCACGUAUGUGCAGAGUGCCACCUCGCAGAUCCACAACACGUGCUGGGCCCUGCUGGGACUCAUGGCUGUCAGGUAUCCUGACACUGAUGUGCUGGAAAGGGGCAUCAAAGUGUUGAUUGAUAAGCAGCUACCCAACGGGGACUGGCCUCAGGAGAAUAUUUCUGGAGUAUUCAACAAGUCAUGUGCUAUCAGUUACACUGCGUACCGCAACGUCUUCCCCAUCUGGACGCUAGGGCGUUUCUGCCGGCUGCAUCCCAGCAGCCCUCUCACUGGGCAACUGCAAUCUGCGUCGUUGGCUGGUGUGGGGAAGACCUUGUCUGCCUGA